AUGGAGAGCGGACUGAUAUCGGUGGACCGGUGGAGAAAUGGAAGUCAGGCCUACUUCUUGACUCAUAUGCACUCCGACCAUACUCGUGGCCUCUCCGGAGAGUGGUCUCAGGGUCCUCUCUACUGUUCCCGCACCACCGCCUCUUUGUUUCCCUCCCGAUUCCCCGGCUUCGACCUCUCCUUGCUUCGCGUCGUCCCUCUCUCUUCCUGGCAAUCUCUCUCCCUCCGCUCUCCUUCCUCCGGCUCCACCGUCCGCCUCCAUUUCAUGGCCAUCGAUGCCCACCACUGUCCUGGGUCGGUGAUGUUCAUGUUCCGGGGAGAUUUCGGAUGUUUUCUCUACACGGGAGACUUCCGAUGGGAACGGGAUGCAGCAGAGGAAGCGAGGACUAGUCUCGCCGGCGCUGUAAACGAAUUCCCAGUCGACAUUCUGUACUUGGAUAACACCUACUGCAAUCCCAUUUACAGUUUUCCUCCCCGUCAAGUCGCUGCUCAUCUGGUUGCUGAUAUAAUCGCCUCUCAUCCUUCGCAUGAUAUCGUCAUUGGAAUUGACUCUUUGGGCAAGGAAGAGCUGCUUCUACUUGUUUCCCGCAUUCUCAAUAUCAAGAUUUGGGUUUGGCCAGAGCGACUCCGCACCAUGCACCUUCUUGGUUUCCAAGACGUUUUCACAACGGAUACGUCUCGUACAAGGGUGCGAGCCGUUCCUCGUUAUAGUUUUAGCAUUCAGACUCUCGAGGGGCUGAACAUGACGUGCCCAACCAUCGGCAUCAUGCCUUCAGGUCUCCCAUGGCUGAAGAGACCUUUCAAAGGAGAUGGCAAACUCUCUGGCUCUCUUCUUACCGCUACUACUAAUACUAGAAGCAAGUAUGAAACCGUUCCGGCUCUGAAAGACUCAAAAGCGGCGGUGCAUCAGUACCACGACUAUAUGUAUUCGGUGCACUACUCUGAUCACUCAUGCUACGAAGAGAUUGGAGACUUGAUCAAACUUGUCAAGCCAAAGAGCAUGAAAGGUAUUGUGGUUUCUUCGUCCUGUUAUGUCGAGCCUCUCUACUAUUUUGGGCGUAUCUGCGGAACUAGCCAACCGCCAGAGUUGCUGCCUUUGAGGCCUGACACCACCGCAGAGCAAUUUCGAGCUGUUAGGAUCAAGUCAUAUGCUGCAUGUGACGAGACUACAGUUUCGGGUAAAGAAAAAAGGUGGAAGCGAGAUGGUCCUUCAAGUUUGAUUAGAAGCAACAAGAGAGCACGUUUACAAGUAAAAUGCGCCAAAAUUUCAGAGAUUGAUUAG